AUGGCUCCCAUCGACCUGUCUGUCCGCUCUCAUCCGGACUAUUACGACAAUCCAGAGAAGGAGGAAUUCCUAGGUUGGUAUAUUUUCGGCUGGGCUAUGGUUGGCCUUGCUGCUAUCAUUCUGGCACUCAUAUGGGCUAAGCGCAAGGACAAGCUUAUGCCCAAGCUCCAACAGUGCAAGGAGGAUUUGGGGGAAAAGAUGACGUGGAAAUCGUCGACGGCCUCCAAGGUCAUUGCGAAGCCGAAGUCGGCUCAUGUGGCUAAUCACCACGUUCAGGAGAUUGCUGAGGUCGAUCGCAUCACCGCUGAUCUGUCCCCGGAGUAUCUCAAGAAGACCACUGCCGUUAUGGGGUGUCUCUAG